UCGAUGUUGACGUGGUUACGGUUGUCUCAAUAAAUAUGUGUUAUGCUACCCCAUUUGAUUAUGUUUUCUUUUGUCAGGACGACCUAAUCAGAAUGUUGUUUUCUAUAGCUCUUACGAUCAUGCUGAAAUUCUUCCCUUGAUAUUUCUUCAUUCAUCAAAUGAAGUCAUGCAUUGAUUAAUGUUUUAUACUACGCAGAUUAUCUACUAGGUUAGCGUUAGGCAGAUUUCUUUUGCCUUAUUUACUUUACAUAGACCUCGAUGUCAUCUAACUAUUCAUACGACAAGAAAAGGAUGACAUAAUCUCGUGGCUGCGCGACGGAGCGGUAGCAAUCGAGGAAAUGCUUCUGUUCCCCUCUCUGUUCCGGUGGCCUCAAAAUGUCAGUGCACUACAUUCUCGCCGAGAGCGUAGAGGUGGACUGCUGUGGCGAGCGGGCCCAUCUGCCUUACGAUCGGGUGGAACAGUAGCACUACUAUCGUCGGCAUUUUCGUUGACCCCGUUGCACAUCCGUCUUUAUUAUGCUGCCGCGAGGCAGAUGAAGCACAGGGAUGAUCAAGGUACAAGCCGCUCGGAUGAUAUUUGGACUUUCCAUUAUUUUUAGAACUCUUUGCAGUGUCAUUGUAUUAGUGAAUGUUGACUUAAAAGACUGUCUGCAGUUUAUUUUCUUUUUAUCCAUUCUUGAGUCUCAAUACCUCUCAGAGAAGUCCUCUUCUCCUGUUUGGUCAUUUCUUUGCUGUACUAGUGUGAACAUAGACCCUUUUGUUCUCAUACUGCUCAUCAAUAUCAUUCAUUGAGCCCCCGAUUCUACAGAUACUCCAUGGGACCGGGAGCCACCUGACAUGAAUGGCGGCGGUGAGGCAACCGACACCGAUAUCCCAGAGGAUGAAGAUCCCCAUAAGGCCGCGAGUUUUGUCGUUCUUUCAACGGGUGAAGCAGAGCGAUCCAAAACUGCGGCGGGCGACAUUGAGGCGCAGAUCAAAAUCUUAGCCGGGAUGAUUAUGUCGCGAAGCCUACUCUCUUUUAACCACUGGAGCGGUGGGUGUUCAUUCUACCAGCGUUGAAAAGAUCGCGUUCAUUUUAGUGGUCGUUGAUACGCUGGCUGGGUCACCGCUCGGAAGUGAAAUUCUUGGUGACCCGUGAGACCAGACCGUGUGGCUGCGGCGCGACGCGGCCCUGUGCAACGUGACUUCCUCGCUAUUUUAAGUAGCGUUAUCACGGCUGAUGGCACACAGGGUGAAGGGCGCGGCCCCAGCGUAGUGCCCCAGCGGUGAGCUACGUACCUGAGUUGAUCUAUGUGCAGUGGCACAAAAACAAAGAUCCACUCACUCAGUGGCCAGACUGAGCUAUGCAAGCGUGCACUACAGGAAACUCAAGUGAGUGGACUGUGAGACCCGGCGGGGUCAAAUUCGUGAUGCGAUCACAAAAUAUUCAAUAGGCCCGCGUGGCCUAGGCUGGAACCAGCGGGUUCCCAGAACACUAUCAAAUGGACUCCGGCGUAAAUAACUGAGUGAGGAAAAACGACAGUAGUUAGAGCGGAGUCCAUAUCAUCCAAAGGGCUUCAUAAAAGAUAAAAUUUUGCGCAUAGGCUUGACCUUCUAGAAAACUGCGCUCAGUGCCCUUUUGGCGACCUUAGACAAAAAGACAAGACAUGGCGGCAGCAGCCGACGACGUGCAGGGGCUACAGGACGUAGCGCCCGCUCCAGUCACCUGCAGCGGCAGCGGCGGCACCUGUCCUCCCCUACAUCUUCCGUUUCACCUUGGCAGCUGAACUGCCUGAUGACGCAAAACAGCAGUUCACGCAACUGUGUGCAAACUACACACAGGACGCCGGCACGCGUGCACAUGUCGACGACAUCGUCAGCGCUCUAGUGUCUACUAACGUGCUGCAAGUGUUCUGCGACCACAUGAGCCGCCAGUUGUGCAAUGAACUCGCUGGUGCAAGGGAUGAAAACGGCAACAACAUGGACCAGGAAGCGCAGGGCCGCAUCGUCAUGGUCAUCCUCCUGGGCCGGCUGGUAAACCAGGGAAACCCUGACUCGACUGGGCCGCAGUUUCAACUGCAGCACCUCGAGAACUGCCUCAACAUCUGGGGACUGCCACGCCAAGGCACAAAGGCAGACAAGUGGUGGCGCCUACAACAACACGCGCAUCAGCUACGUCAGCAGGGGCAUGCGCGUCAGCAUGAAAACUUCGUGCCGUACGCUGCGGCGCGCUAUGCCGAUGGGUCCAAUGCCAGCGUGGUCUUUAUGGGACCACCACCACCCGGGGGAGGAGCGCCUCCCCAGGCUGCAGCGGCAGCCAUGCCGCAAAACAACGUGGUACUCCCGGGUGCGGUACUCCAAGCGCUGGAGCAAAUCGGUAUCACACCAGCCGCGCGGGCAGCGUUGAUCGGCCAGGCAAAUAACCUCAUCGACGCACAGCAACAUGCACCCUACGGGGGAAGUGCGCCAGUCAAUCUGGUGCAUAGCCCGCACGCAACACAACUGCCACAUGAGGAAGCUGCGCGCUGGCUACGGGAUGUGAACGGCAACUGGCGCGACAUCCAGGCUGAGCCGGAGUGUGCACCAAUCUGGCGCGGGAGCACGUUGCUACCGAUCCAGACUCAGGCGCAGACGCUCAAGACCCACAUCAAGGACUUGCUGCUGGACUGGCGCGGCAACGUAGUAGAACAACACCUACAUCGACUAGCUACGUGCAUCCUCAUCCACCCGUUUUCCAUGGCGUUUCGCACAGUCCAGCGGCUACCGGAGUCGGAGAGGCAAGUCUGGCGCCGCCUCCUGGUUAUCCUCGUCGCGAAUGGAAUCUGCACAGAACAGGACCUGGCAGAGUUCGCGGCAGCAUGGAAGCCGUCCACCCUGGCUGGGGCCACACAGCAGCGUCAUGAUGUUGCAUACAAAAACCUGGGCUGGCUGGAGGCGAUGAAGCUACCGGACGCUAUGGCGGAUAAGACGGUCUAUGAACAUGCAGUCAAGACCCUGGCGAAGGAUAAGGUCACAAAACUAGUCCAAGGGAUGCCGCCAGCUCAAAACGAUGCAUACAACCUCUCGCGCAUCUUCGAGCUAACUAGAAACUGCAAGACCAACCUCUACGAGAAGGGAGAAAAGGCCAUCCUCAUGGCCAGCCCAUGCAAAGCGAACGCUGACGCUACCCAGUUCGGAGCACUGCUGCGAACGUCACUAGUAGUUGAAGAACGCACAGAUCUGCACGCGGCGGAGGAGGCAUAUGCGAACAUCAGACCAAAAGUACAAUCCGUCUCCAAGGCGGACCUUUGUCUGCAUAUCCUCCCCGCGGCUGUGUUCAUGCUGUAUGACAACGUCCCUCCUUCAGCUGCAACUGGGGCGCCUGCAGCUGCAAAUGGACGAUCUUUGUGCUACAUCAUGACGCAUGGAUGGACCAUCCUAGUCGCGCUUAUACAGGGGCGCAAAAAACACUGGGCCGAACAUCAUGGUGCACAGAAGUGGGGAAAGGAUGACGACGAUAGCGAUGAUGGAGGUAGUGGCGCUGGUCCAGGCCCUGGCACGAAGCGCCACCAAGAAGAGCAUGGGCGCCAAUCCAAGAAGGCCAAGAAGGGCACGAGGGGCACCUCGAGCAACAACAGCACCUCGUAGAAGUCUGCGCCCGGCACUGUCAAAACGGCGCUCAAGGAGGGGCGAGUCGGCCCCAUCCUAAGGCGCAAGUGGUCAACCUACGUGGACGCGGCUUUCAAGAGCGGGCCCACCUUCGCCCUAAACUCAAAGGGCGUCGCGGAGUCGCCCAUUGUCGAGGGUGUGGCAUUGCCGGCCGGGAUCUGCAAGCAGUUCGCUUUCUCCAAAUGCCAUCGAAAGCACUGCGACCUGCGAGUUCAUCCACUUCGUGCAGCGCCGCCACCGCUUCCAGAUCGUCAGGCCCAAACUAGUGCAACUACAACUAGAUAUGGCCGCAAAGGGCAAGUGCGGGAAACCUGACGAAUGCACUGCGGAGAUCAAGGAUGACGACGCGGAUGAUGAAGAAGAAAAACAGCCGAGAGCCGACGGCAAAAAGGGAAAAGGCCGAAAAGGCCGAGGGGGCGGCUAAAUGCCGCAAACAGGAGAGGCGAAAAUAUAAAAUCUCCUGGCACUGCUCAUGCAGCAGUAAACCGUAGUUAACAAUAAGCACGAAGCAACUAAACCAAACAAAGGACGAAGCUGAUUGUUUAAGUAUGCGUGGCCUUGUAGCUACAGACUCUUGCCUUGAUAUGUAAAAAGUUAGACGGCUGUCGGUCUUGGCAGCUGCCCACCCGGUGCCCCGACGUUUUUUGUUUUUUGUUUCUUGUGUGCUUAGGCACACCUCCAUGCGAUGGAGCUCAUAUCUUCGAAGUCAAUCAUUCAUACCACUACGGGAGCGCAGCCAGCGGGCUGCGCCUACGCUCCCACCACAAUACGAGUGUAAGCAGAGCACUGAAAUCAAAGUAAAAAACUCAAAGCAGCGAGAACAUAACAAAACACUAAAGCCGCUUGAAAAUGCAGCACAUUGAAACGAUAGCAAAGCAUGGCGUGGGCCUUUCUCAUUGGACCUCUGCGCAUGUAGUUCCGCGGGGACUACGAGCCAUACAUGUGCGGCAUGCGAUGCCGCUAACUUGCGAGGUUAGUGUCCAGCGGCGCAGUCCCGCGGGGACAACGUGACGCCGGGGACGGAGAGACCCACUGAGAGUGAGUCAGGAGAGAAAUAAGUAUCAUAGCACUGCUUAACUAAGACUAGCGUACUACAUGUAUAUACAUAAAUAUCUAAAACUUAUAUCAACUACACUACAGCAUGGAACUGCCUUGGUGGCAGCGAGCCACAGCACAGCGCAUCGAUGCACAGCGCGCGUCAGCGACGGCGGUCGCGCUCCCCAGCGUGGGGAAGAAGCCAAAAUGCGUUAGUGCGGCGGGGAGCCAGACGAAGCUCUUCCCACUAGCGGGCGGCCCGCUCUCGGAUGCCGCUGCGCUGGUGACGUCUAGCUUUCCUCAAGGGAAUGGCUCAGCAGCCUCCCCUCUACAUCCAUCUCUGCAGCCACAGUCUCCGCUAAUAUCGGCGAUGCGAAGAUGUACAACGCGGCGGGGCCCAGGGCAAAAGCCUUCGCACGGCAGACCAACCCCAUGGAGCAACAACUACUCAGACGUAGCAAGGAGUUGAACACGCUGCAGCAGAACGCCGCCGCAUAUGAGCUGUUCCGGGAAUGGCUCCAAUACCGCUGUGUGCCUGCUAUCCCACCGUGGGAGAAGAUCAGCUUCACCCACUUGGAGCUGUAUUGUCUACAUCUAGUGGAUACUGACCAUGCCGCGUGUAGCGUCAUGAACACCAUCAAAAUGUUGGCCAAGUUCCUCGUCUCCCCGCCCUUAGAUGCGACCGGCCGCGCGCAGUUCUUGCUGGUGCCUGACGCAACAGGCAUGCAGCCCAAGGCAUUCGCCGACGCCGAAGAGGAUGCUAAGAGGGCCGUCAACAAGCAGCCAACAGGCAAAGCGCGGCCACUACUUGUUAAUAGUGUGGUGAGCGCACUCUCUGGGGACGAGAGAGCCCUGCUGGCGCUGUGGUGCGUGCUGGGUGUACGAGCUGCGACCUUGAAGAAAAUGCUUCCACGUCACAUCGUGACCACGACCAGCACGGUGCAGGUUUACAUCGCUGCCGAUAAAGUAGACGGCGUCGCUGGCCGCACGGUCACGGCGUCUUGCUGUUGCGAACAGCCAGGGAUGCGGUACUAUGUACUGUGCCCCCUACACGGUCAAGACGGAGAGCCGUUCAACUACACGGCCGGCCUGCAGCUCCACCUACUACCAGGCAUCCUCAACAAACUGGAAGUAACUGAGCACUCCGCCAGGAGAGCCGUUGCGCUGGCAGCUCGUGCCAACAUCGAGGCGGGUCGGCAGACAAACUUGACAGUGUUCAUGUAUGGCCGCGGCUGGACGUCACCGGCGACCUUCCAGGAAUACGCGGCUGAUCUCGAGGACCACAGAUCCUCCUUGCUGCUGCUGCCGCGCAUCAAUGGCAUCUGGCCCAUCGCUGCUUCCAGCCCAAACUCGUCACAUGGUUUCGUCUUCAAAGGCCGCAGACUCGAAUUCACUAAACGUGCAGCAGUUCAGAAGUACAAGAAGAGCGAAGUGACGGAAGAUGCUGCUGGAACAGGUCAAGCAGCAGCGAAAAACGCCGGCAAAACAGCUUUCCGCGUCUCCAAAGCAAAGAUGAUGGCGCGGGGGAAGCCCGCUAAGGUGCGCCUAUAAGUCAACGGCAGAUGCCUCCCAAUCAGCAGCGUGAAGAACAAAGUCGCAACGAGUGCCACACUCGGCGACUACAAGAAAAACAAGAGAGGCCGGCCGAGCAACGUCCCACCAACAAACACGGCUUCCGCCGCGUCGUCGUCAUCUGUUAGCGUCACAGCAACACAUCACCGCAGCAAGAAGUGGGAAGAACUGCCGGCCUUCUACCGCGAGCAACUCAUCAGCGGCAGACGUGAAGUCCCUAUGUGCCACCAGGAGUCAGUCCGCAAGGCACGAGUACUACGCAGCGCCGCGUGGUCGCGUCUCGUCGAACACUAUUGGGGGCGCUACGCGUCCAACACAUUUGGGGGUCGUGUCUACGAGCCUGAGUGGCUCUUAGGAUGGUGCGACCAUCCACCGACCUUCCGGAUUUGACUGCGCGGUGGUUAACCACGCGUGCGAGCUCUGCGAGCUCCAGUGGCGCGGCCACGUGGGCUACGUCUUGACGUAGCUCCCAACCCGCUGCGAGCGGGUCUUUUCAAGCCUGGUGCACGACCAGGCUCGGUUCUAGCAGCUAGUACGGAAAACGGCCUAGGCCGCCCUAGACUAUCGGGAUUGUUUUGGUUGUGGUGGUGAAGUAGUGAACAACGAGAUCAAACCUGUGGCUAUGCCACGCACUAUGUGCCAGUAAUGCGGAUGAGGCGGUGUUCUAAAGAGAGGUCGCGAAGCCUACUCUCUCUUAACCGCUGGGGCGGUGGGUGUUCAUUCUACCAGCGUUGAAAAGGUCGCGUUCAUUUUAGUGGUCGUUGAUGCGCUGGCUGGGUCACCGCUCGGUAGUGAAAUUCUUGGCCCACCACCACCCCGAACUCCACACGGACUACACAUCCUCCACAACAGCAGGCUACAUGGAGUAGACCGCCCCUCAUCGGCACCACAAAAAAAAACGCAGGCUCAACCUCCUAGUGCAGCCGUCUCGGCGCCCGACCCAAACCGGGAUCGACGCCAAGCGGCGGAAAUUAUCCACAUCGUGCAGCAUGUACUCCAGGAGGCAGCGCUCCACAGCACAUCAACAAUACCGAGCGAUACGCGUUGCAGUGUCAACCUGUCCAAGGCACAGCGUGGGGAAUGGCUGAACAGGCUGCGCGCUGAACAAACUGCGCAGCGCCAUUCCGUUCCUGGACGAACUCGAAGCUACCACGCGUAGAGCUAGCAGCGCGCUCCUAGCCACCGCCAAGCCACAUCUUCAAAAAGUGUUGGGCCUCGGCACCGACUGCGAGAGGAACCGCGUGGCGCUGCGGCACCUCAUCACGUGGCCCGGACACCAAGAUAAAAGCCUACCAGAUGACAUCUUGCGUGGGCUGCGCUGCUAUGGAGACGCGGACUCGUCGGGGGUCUGGCCUUUGGACAAAAGUGCAGCUCCACUUACUACCGAGGAAGUGCAGCGGUUUUCUCAAUGCAGCGGCCUGGGUAAAAAAGGCGAAACCCACCGCGUGGCCGGGCGAGUUAUUGGAUGGCUUGAUUGAUGAAGCGGAGAAGAUGGCUGCCGCUGGCUGGUAUGAGGAAAUCCAACCAUCACAACUCGAGAAGAUCAGGCAGAUCGUGGAUGCCGCGCAUUAUAAUAAUUUCUCUGUCCUGCUAGGGAAGGUCUCCUUGGCAGGUACUCGUAUGAUCCAAGAGGUCAUCACAUCUUUCCUAGCGCCCGUUGGUGCCGAGCACAUAGGACUGCGACUACCAGCAUCAAGCGCAUCGCGUGAAGCGUGGCAUGCUACCGAGGCCACCAGAAGACGCGUCUCCGCGUUUGACAUCCACAACAACACUAAAAAGCAGCACGAUGAUCCAUUGCCGCCGCCGCCCGUCGCCUCCGCCGACGAGGCCGCUGCUGCGGUAGUCAAGUGGAAUGAAGACCUUCGUGCGGAAGCCGGUGGCUCGCCUGGUACGCUACCACACAUGUGCUCGCGCGAUUGGAAACCCGCGCAUUUCCUUUUCGGCGUGGAGCGUCCGGAGUUCAACGCUGCAGCAUAUUUCUCAAACCUCCUAAAGCGAUGGAGGCUAUUCAGAUCCGCGUUCUUGAAUAUGGGGAACCGUCAUAGCGUCCCAGGCUUUUGCCGCGUCAGCGAGGCGGUGCGAAAAAUAGCCACAAAACUGGCACUGGUGCGCCACAUAUAUACUGAUGAUUCGUUCAUAUACUCCCCAUCCAAAGAGGGGGUCCUCCUGUCACGGCAUGUCUUCGAUCGGCUAUCGAAGCUGCUUGGUCUUCGGCUAUCGCCGAAGGCCGACGGAAACCAAUGCGCGGGGGAUGAUGGCGUCGAAUACAUCAAAGCGCUAGGGCUGAUGUACUGGCUUGAUCGGCCUCUACAGCGGGUAGUCGUGGUCUUACCUGCAGACAAGGCAGUGAAAGGCCUCAAGCUCUGCGAUGAGGUCAUAGCACAAGUCAAGGAGAAGAAGAUCAAGCAGAAGGCCGCGCGGUGCCUCCUUGGAUACGCGAACUUCUUGGUCAUACACAGCUGCCGCAGCGGCGCGGAAUUCCUCCGUGGGUUAUACCGCUGGGCGGGCGGCCAUACGUUCGCGGCCCUUGUCAAGAACAGACAGGAACGCGCGGGGCUCGCCACACUCGUGCGUGCACUACGGCGCUUGUUCUGCGACGCACCACCAAUCCUGCUGCAGCACACACCUCCGCGCCCCUACCACUGCCUCGCAGUGGACGCGUCCACGGAGACGGAUGGCGGACAAGAUGGUGGCCCUCUUCUCGGGGCACUUUUGAUUACCGCCUGCGGGACGGUGAAAGCGAUGUCCAUCGAAUUCCAGGCGCCUGAGAACGCUGGCGAAAAAGAGGCCACAAUCGAAAACCUCGAGACGCUCACGGUCGUAGCUGCGCAGCGGGCUUUCCUGCUUGAGUUUCGCGACUCAGUCAUGGUCAUGAAUGUAGAUAACACUGGACAGAUGUAUGCGCUCACUAAGGUGAGCGCAAGGAGCCGAAUAACGCAGAGGGUUGCGCCAGAGGUGGCAAUAGAGAACCGACUCAAGGGAGUUAGGGGCUGGCGCCGGUACAUUAACACUCUGUAUAACCCUGCUGAUGGCUUCAGCAGAGUUGAGUACCGCGAUGCCAGCCUCAUGCUCUGGACACCACUUGUCUAUGUGACCGAACUAAAAAUUGACUGGCGUGCGGUGCUCGUCUCGGGGGCUGCGCCUCCUCGCCCAGCGUGGGACUCGCGCCUUCGCCUGGUUGCUUCGCCGCCCGACGCGUGGGUGCAGUAUGAAGCGACCUCCGCGUUGGCGCACUGGCAUGCGAUGCCCGAUGCCACUUCUUUGCCCCCACACCGUCAUGCUAAGACCAGAAAGCGCUCUUGUUGCCCGUGUCUGAUUGACACCCACACGCAUGUCGCACCCGCGCCGCCCAAGCGUCGGGCAACUGCUGCCGCACCAGGCUCAGCCUGGGUGGCUCUUAGGAUGGUGCGACCAUCCACCGAUCAUCCGGAUUUGACUGCGCGGUGGUUAACCACGCGUGCGAGCUCUGCGAGCUCCAGUGGCGCGGCCACGUGGGCUACGUCUUGAUGUAGCUCCCAACCCGCUGCGGGCGGGUCUUUUCAAGCCUGGCGCACGACCAGGCUCGGUUCUAGCAGCUAGUGCGGAAAACGGCCUAGGCCGCCCUAGACUAUCGGGAUUGUUUUGGUUGUGGUGGUGAAGUAGUGAGCAACGAGAUCAAGCCUGUGGCUAUGCCACGCACUAUGUGCCAGCAAUGCGGAUGAGGCGGCGUUCUAAAGAGAGUAAGGCCGCUGUAGCAAAUUCGUUUUUCACGGCGUCUGUGAAUGUUGGACCACAAGACAUAGCACAGGUUGCGAAGUCUUGGCAAGUUGAAGCGUCUCGUGGAGAAACGUUGAGCGAGGCUCUUGCCUGAUGCAAUUGGGCCCACCGCCUGAAGCAAAUGGCCAAUGGCUGGCUUCAUCCCUGUGGGCACUCGUCUUGGGGUUGAGGGGAGGCCCCUGGUGCUUCUUGGGGUAUCAUGAUGGGGGGAAUUCCGUGCGCUCCUAAUAUUGGGACUCUGUUGCUAUCGUCAUCAAUUUCGUGCGAUCAUCUACGCCGACACCCAUCUGGUUCCUGCUGAAUUUAGUGGAUGGAUACGCGUCAGACCAUAGGGGAAGCUAUCACGCGGGCACGCUAUGACGGUCCUCAGCCUCAUCCGCUUCGAACGGGUCAGAACUGGCAAGGAAGUACGGGCACACAUGGCUACAGCUAUGACCAUGGGCGCGCUGCCUCUGCUAUCUGAAAACGCUGCAGGCCUUUGCCUUUGCUUGUUGAUCGCUGGCUUUGGAACUAUAUACACUCAGGCCCUUGGGCUUGUUCCGUGGGGUCUUUUGUUGCGGCCAGGAGGGCGCCAAAGUUAGGGCAUGCUCAGGGGAGUGCAAUGGCUACGGCUUUGGGUAAUGUGCUUCACCAUCCUCCGCGAUGUCGCCCCUGUCUUGUGACUAGGUAGCGCCAAUUUGCACAAGCACAGGACAAAAGUGAGAAGGCCAAGCGAUUGCCUUUUGCUGUUGUUAUUUUAUGAAGAUCCCUCCGGCUUAAUGCAUUCCAUCCGACUAGGCUAACUAGAUCGCGGCCGUCUGUUUUCUAUCAUUGUUAGCAAUGUCCACCGACUGAAUACCGACCAAACAUUUACACCACUAGAAUGGACACACUGGAAACCACUACCACACGCAUGCAAUUCAGGGAAAUUACUCGGGUCACGAUUACCAGCCUGCGGGUGAGAAAGGUGACACGACUACCACUAGGAUACGCAUGAAGAUGGUGACUACUACUAGGAUGAUGAUGAUGAUGAUGAAACUACUCGGGGAACCUGGGAACCGUUGGGACCUUGGUGCGGUUUGUCAUUCUGGUGGGGAUCUUCAUACCAUGGGAGGAACAUACGAAGGACCAGGAACAUAGGCGGGAACGACUGAAAUCAGAACCAGCAGCAUAGGGAUUCAAGUGGAUCCUUAUGGUGAUCCUUCACAAACUCGACCUGGGUCUAUCUUGCUUACAUUCCCCCUUUCAAAGUAAGGACCACCACACAAAACUACACGCGCCAAGUGUUACACACGACUCCCGAUCACAACUUCGAGAAAGUGACAAAAUGCGCUCUGGCUACGGACCUCAAUUUUUCGUCGUCUUGCGCACGAAAUAGCUGUAGAUAUUUGACACUACUCAGACCUUUCGCGAGAGGGUCUGCUCGGUUCAAGUCCGUUGGACAAUAACGCAGGGUCUUGGCAUGGUCGCGGACUGCGUGACACCGAAGAUCGAUGUGCUUCGAUCGCUUCGCCGUUACUGUAGACUUAAUGAGACCUAGAGCAGACUCACUAUCCACAAAUACAAGGGGGGCACCUCCUGAGCCUUCUGUCUCUAGAUACCAAUCAAGAAAGCCUUGGGCCGUGCGCAUCUUGAUAGUGUCACAUGCAGCGACAUACUCAGCCUCACAAGUGCUAUGUGCUCUGACUGUUUGUCGUUUGACGGACCACGCUGCGGGAACUCCGCGAAAGUGCAAGGCGCUACCACUGGUUGACUUCAGGGCUACUGUACAACCAGCAAAGUCAGAAUCGCUGAACGCAACUGACUUACCUACCUCUUUACCAGCUUCCGCCGCUACCUUUCUGUAUACUUUGUUGAAAGAAACCAAGUCUCGACCUCGGGGGAGUAUUCGAGGCCUACGCCUUUUGUACCUUUUAAGUAUUGAGGAAUGCGCUUUGCUCUCUUCUUUGUGUUCUCAGUGGGGUUAGCCACUUCACGGGCCACGCGUUGUGCUGGGAAUACUAUGCCCACUCUACACAGGGUUGCGAUAUACAUCAAACCUCCGACCAGACUACGCAACGGGAAGUCGCCAGUCGUAGGGGUAUCGGAUUCAUUUCAGGACUGUACAACACGGGCGAGGACACAGCUCGACGCUCGGCAAUGUUGAAUCUUCGCAAUAGACGACCGACUGCCUCACGCGUGUGAAUCUUGCACCACCGUCGGGAAGGGUUGUACUCUAAUACUGCUCCCAACAUGUCCCAAACUUUAGCGCCGUCGCCUUUUACAUCGGGACCGAUCACCUUACCGGGCUACUUAGCGAGAACGUUACCCAUUUCACUUGGCUCACUUCUCACAAUUUCAACAGACGCACCACUGAUUACGCUGUCGCCAACAUAGACGCUCACUGUGAGGACACUGCCGCAGACUUCUUCUCGAAAUAGGCCGGGUGCACGGGGACACAUCUCCCAGCCGUCGACGCUUUCUGCCGAUUACCUAACGCAACAAGUCGGGCUUUAUACCUACCACACCUCUUACGAGUAUAGAUGACCACACUAGGCGCGACGUCAUCUCCUGGCUGACGCUCUCCUUCUUCUAACGGUCGCCAGCACUUCAUCGCCUCGAGUGCUAGGCGCUCCCUGUCGUCUGCUUCCAACCAUUUGACGGCGUCGGGACCUUCGUGGGCCUCGGACUUUGUCGCCGUUACUGUGUACAAGUAGGACUCUUCCUCUGUUUCGUCAGAGUACUUUUGGCACAUUUCUGGCACAUCUUUACCAAUGUCAGGCAGAUUGCUUCGCAUUUCGUCUAUAUCGUCUACUGUCUGAGCAUAGGCGAAGCUAUCUGCUGCCAACAUAUACGACAAGAGGGCGCCUGCUCUACAAAAUGAUGCUACAAAAGUCGGCUUGGGGCCAGGCUUCUUCCCCCAUGGUUUUGCUUUGCAACCUUUUGGACGACCGCGCUUACGCUUCGUAACACUCACCAGGGGGGGAGCCCGCAGGAUUUCUUCUUGCUGAUCGUUGCUACUACUAGCGGGAAAAGGGGAGGACGGAUUAUUUACUUCGGGGGGUACUGACGAAUCUGACUUACCAUCCACCGCACCCACCUGGGGAGGAUCCGCUGGGGGAUCACCGUCGGCGAUAUUAUCACCUGCUGACUGUUCAGGCGCACCCCCGUCACCCUUGUCACCAGGAGCCACACUAUCCAGGUGAUCAGAUCCGGUAGGAGCCACACUAGGAUCGUCAGGCACCCGAGGAGCAACACCAGGAACACCUUCAGGGGAUAUAUUUACUUCUUCAAGCUGCUUGUAGUCAGGAUACUUUACGAAUACUCAUCCCUUAUCGGGUUCUAGGUCGUCGAUGUUGGAAAUCAAGACAAACUCACCAAAUCGAGCGGCUCUGCUUUCAAUGGCGGAAAACUUCACGCCGAGGGCUGUUCGAUUAUCCUCCCCCCAGACACCUACCAAGAAACACGAAUUGCGCGAAUAUCCUAGAAAUGUACCACGCUCGGCUCUGGGGGCCAACUUGCUCGAAGUAGCUACGUGAAUCUUUGCAAAGCACAAACACCCAAGAUGACGGAAGUGCUUCGUAGAAGGCUGCCUGCCGUAACGUUUUUCAAAGACGCUCAGUCCGUCCCUUCUAGGUAGUCUUUGAUAAACGUGAGGCGCGUAGGGUAGUCUUCUGCACACCAAGACCAGACUCCGUUGUCGACUCCGAUGAGGUUUGUACGGAUCGCGUUUUGCGAAGUUUGACUCCAUCUUUCUGCGAUGCCAUUACCACGCCACGGGGUGUAUACUGCACUAUACUCGGCGCGAAUUGAUGGGGCUUCCUUGCUUUGCACAAAACAGACGCCAGCGAGAUCCUUCACCCUUGAAAGCAGGCUCGUGGUCACUACGAACGGCUUCCGUCUGUUUGUUGUCUCUGGUCCACCGUCGGAGACCAAGACGACGCUCGUCUUUAGCUUUCAGUGCGUAGCUAUCUGGCCAACCUAGAUGCUGCUCUAUCAUAGACAGACGCCAGAUCUCCCCAGUAACAGCACGGGGAUACUGUCCUGUAAAGUCGCAGUCUAAUUUCUCACUGAGUUUGGUCGCCACCGUAUGAGCAGGCCGCUCACCAGCGCCAGAAGCCCUAACUUUUGACAUGUUCGCUGCACUCGUGACGGUUGUCGACUACUGGACUUGGGGCGAAAAGAUGUCCACACUGCUGAUGGGCCCUAAGCUUAGCCGCAGUGGAGAGUGAAGCCGGAGCCCCCUCCUGAACCUUAGCUGGGCUAGCCGAAGUUGACUCUGUCUUCUUGUAGAAGUCAACGUCUACCACAGGUAGACCUGUUUGGGUUUCGUUGAUGUAUACGGGAACACACCAACCAGAAGCCUUAUGCAGGGUAUGCGACUCUGGUUUAUCGAGAGCGACACUGUAACCGUCUUCGUUUAGUGCGUCAGCACUGACUAGCAUCUGAGUAAGCUCCGGGCGGAAAAGGCCAACCGUGAGCCCCAAGGAAUUCUCUUUGAAGAUACCGCUCACGGCGGGGCGUGAAGGUGCUCUGUCCGCCACAUUUAGACUGGCGCGCUGUGUGCGGUGCACACACCUAAAAAGACUUUCGUCGCCACUCAUGUGGUGCGAAGCACCACUGUCACAAACACAGGGGGCCACAGUGUUUACUUUCCUUGUCUUGGAAACACCACCAAGAAAACAACUGCCAUCAUCUUCGUCGUCAUUGCCUUCACCGUCGUCGUUGCUCUUACUAUCUAUGUAUCUCACCACUUAAAUGCAGGCGAUAAUCUUUGCUCUUUGAAAACAGUGCGGAAUCUCCUUUGUUUUGUUGUUGUUGUUUUUCUUCUUUACCAUCGUCCUGAAUAUGCAGGAUCGACGUGUACGCUGCUGCUGCUGUUAGUUUCGUUCGUGACAACUCAACAGCAGCGCCGUCCGCCUUCUUUUCUUCUGAAGUGGAUGCCCAGUCACCUUCUUGGGUGCCGCUGAAAACCGAGCACAAACCCGCUACGUUUCUUUGUUCUUGUUCUGGUUGCAAGUUGCUUAAGUUGCUUCCUUUAUGGUCUGAAUGCAAACUACUUACUUUGCUUUCUUGUUGCAAAUACUUACUUGCGGCCUUUUGUUGUUCUUUGGAUGCAGGAUGAUACUCAUCCAAAUGCAAGCUAAGACGAGCUCUCUUCUUCAGAGCAGCUUUUUCUUCAUGGUGCUCUGUGUCUUCUUCUUCUUCCUCCUCUUUGCUUUGCUGGUCUUCUCCUCUUUGGCCUUCUUGUUCAGCACUGCCUAAAGCAGCAUCUUUACCAAGAUUCUCGCCUUGUUCUACCAGGAAAGAAGUUGCCCACUUCUUUCCCCCCGCCUGGGGACAUGCUGCGCGCGUGUGCCCCUUCUUGCCACACAGGUGACAGGCUCGCUGUGCUGGUUCUACCCAUCCUCCGGUGGAUGUGUUGCCGUCUUUGCCGUGCUUUCCUUUACCUUUGCCUUUGCCUUUCUUCUUUUCAAAGGGCUUACGUACCUGCCAAGGGUUACCACCGGAAAGCAAAGCGUUCGCGUUUUGCUUCUGCGUCUGAGUAUUGAUAGCGCCACGCGCCAGCCUUUUCAACUCAGCCCUUGACACAAAAGCGCCGCCGGCUUCUUCUUGUUGGACCUUCUUGCUGUUGGUCGUUGUGCCGGCGGGUGACAUAUUUACGUGGCCGCCGUCUUCGCCCUGCAGCCGGAAAUGCUCAUCAUACUCACGAGCGUAGGUUCUUAGUUCUUCUGUUCUUUUCGGUCCACCAAUAACAUGAGGGAUCAUUUGAGAGGACAGAGGAUCUCCUAGGCGGUAGAAGAUCCCGAAGCGUAGAAGUUCCUUCUUGAGCAUCUACUUUACCACCGAGCUCAUCGCGCGAGAUGGCCUCCUUCCUGUCGAUGAAUGCGUCGACUGUCUCUUCCGGUUGCUUCGCCGAGUCUACCAAAGAUUCAAUGCUGCUCAUGCGUGCUUGUUCUGUUGCCUCGGUGCAACGCUUACGCAGUUUCUUCAGCUUUGCCAUAAGCGUGCGGCUUUCGCCUGCGUUGGUGGUAGUAACAGCUUGCAACUGUUUACCUCGAGCGGCGCCUGGAAGACCCAUUUCGAGUCUGCGUAGCGUGUUGCUUUCGUUUAAGCUCCACUCUACUUCUGUGCCGGCCAGGUCCUGCUGGAUCUUGGUCGAAAGGGUGUCCGGGCCGUGGGCGUCCGCCACCGUUAACACAUGCUCCAACCAAGCGCGCCGCUUUCCCUUCUGCGUAAUCUCGGGCAGAACAAUUGGCCUAGGGGGCGCCAUUGUUUCGGUACUUGGUGGGGCUGGCGGCUCUCCUCCACCUGUUUCGUCUCCUGCCAUUCUUCAGACUGUUGAACGAGUGCGAAAGUUUUAGCUGCCUAGUACUGCUGUCCUACUACUGCAAACAUACAAAGGCGAAAAAGGAGGGCACUAGUAGAAUGCUAGCAAUGUCCACCGACUGAAUACCGACCAAACAUUUACACCACUAGAAUGAACACACUGGAAACCACUAUCACACGCAUGCAAGCCCGGGAAAUUACUCGGGUCACUAUUACCAGCCUGCGGGUGAGAAAGAUGACACGUCUACCACUAGGAUACGCAUGAAGUUGGUGACUUCUACUAGGAUGAUGAUGAUGAUGAUGAUGAUGAUGAUGAUGAAACUACUCGGGGAACCUGGGAACCUGGGAACCGUUGGGACCUUGGUGCGGUUUGUCAUUCUGGUGGGGAUCUUCAUACCAUGGGAGGAACAUACGAAGGACCAGGAACAUAGGCGGGAACGACUGAAAUCAGAACCAGCAGCAUAGGGAUUCAAGUGGGUCCUUAUGGUGAUUCUUCACAGACUCGGCCUGGGUCUAUCUUGCCUACAGUCAUCCAAGUAGCCACUUACUUUACUCGCUAAAGGCCUGAAGGAUCUUAGAAGUUUGACCUUAGUGGCCUUGAUGCUGAUGGUGGUGCUGCUGAUCUUGGUGCUGCUGUCGUGUUGGUCUUCUUGCUCUUGUUGUUUCUUUGGUCAGUCAUGACGCUCCUGGGUCGUUACGCUGUUGACCUCAGUACCGGCAGGGUGGUCCUGAUGCUCGUGCUUAAGGUGAUUCAUAGUCUGGAGACCGACGCCCCCCCCCUUCAGACGUAGGCUGAACGAUGCGCAGCCGGUUAGAGGUAACGCCCUCCACCAAAAUGAAGCGACCGAACAGAAAGAGAGGGGAGCAAAACAACCCGGCAAGGGCUAGCGCUCUACCUUUUGCAAAAAGAGACUCCCCGGAAAUGAAUCCCCGAAAGCUGCCGAAGGUUUCCGCGGGUUCACUCAGUUGGUUCGCGAAUUUCGCGACGGUUGACACAAAGAAACAGCGAGCGCAACCACAGGGGUGGCCGCUUGCUCUUCUUCCUCUUUAUUUACUCUCGUCGCGCGUGGCCCGCCGCUCGCUCCAUGUGUCUCGCCGCUUACUUCUUUCACUUAUUGGGCCACUGGCAUAGCCUGGCCUCCCCUGCUUCUGUCAGUCUCUGCUUGGCAAGCGGGCAGGCUGCACGCGUGUGAGCGCUGGCCUGACAGGCGGCGCACGUCUAUCAGCCGGCUGACAAAAGUGGCCGCCUAGGCUAGCGUGCUGGCCCGCCUUGCUGCUGCUUUCUUAGAAGCUUCAAGCAGGGGGGACGCGUGGGUAGCUCAGUGUCUUCCCACGUAGCUGCCUGCCGGUGCACGUAGCUGGCCCCCCCGCUGGGUAACUCUUGGCAGAUCGAGCCGCUUGCUUUUUUAUCUCGGGGCCGUUGCUUGGCCUGCUCGCUAUGUCCAGUCUUUGCGGGUCGUCUGGGUGUUGUGUGUAUGGGUCUGUGCGUCAGUGUGUCCAGCUGUCUAGCAUAUUUCUGGAGCAUGUCAUGGCUGUGCACAUCUAUGAAGCAAGGCAAAGGCGUGGCUUGUAAGUUAGUAUGUCUCACUCUGUGCGUGUACACUAUGCACCGGCCAACUUUGCGGCGUCGGUCUGUGUGGGUGUAUGCAUCCACGUGCUGCAUCUGCGUAGGUGUCGGCCUCUUCAUGGGUAAGCCUGUGGCUAUUCAUGUGCCACGGCGUGGGUGCUGUUAACUAGUGGACGACAGGUCGGCAGAAUCUGUCGCGCCGUAGCUUGCUAGAUUGAUGACGGGCCCGGCUGUCUGCGAGAGCGGUUAGGCACGUCCUCCCAUGCCCAUAGAUUUGCGCAUAUCUUCGCUGCGGCACUUCUCAAAGCUAGCGCAGGCUUGCGAGAUGAGUUUGCCCACGUGUCUGGAUUUCUCAGAGUGCGCUUAGGUGAGCUGAGGGCGUGGCUAUUUAUUAUUGGGGUCAUAUUGAUUGUGACUUGUCGGCAGGUUUGACAAGGGCCCGCCGUCUUUCCGUUAGUUUCUGAGAGUAUUCAUUUUCUGCACUCUGUUACAGAGCAGCUUAUAGCACGCAUGGCGCAUGGGGUGCGUGGAGCACUUGCGCCAUUCCCAGGCUUGGGCCCUUAUGCCUUCUUUUUUGUAGCUUGCGCGCGGGCGCUUUAUAAAGCACAACCAAGGCCAAGGGAGCGAAGGACUCGCCUCUUUGUUGUUUUUGUUUGGUGUCAGUGUCGCUGUGGCGUGUGGUGUCGUCUAGUCGCUGGCGAUCUCUCCUUUUUUUCUUCGGAUGUGUCCUGUGCCCAAUGAUAUGAGUCCACUCUGGGGGUGAGAGCGAGUGGCCCCGUCUGCUUUAUAGGGCGGCGCGUCCAGCCUUGCUUGGGGUGAGUAGACUAGAGAACGAAAGCAUUCCAUUAGGUGGAAGUGGGGGCUGGAAGUGGGUCAUCGCGAUCGCACUAGUUUCGUCGCCUUUACUUAGAUGCCGCGAGUAACUAGAUGACCAAGCAGGUGGCUGAGUAGAAUGGGAUGAGUUUCGAGCCCCAGACGGUUACUCGCUCCUGUCUCAAGGGUGCACUGCGAAGAAAAUCAAGGACCAGAGACACGGCUCGCAGUGUCGUACGCUCCUGCUGAGGUUUCGCGGAGUCUCAUAAAGCCGCGCCCGAAGGGCGCCGCGUAAAAAAUUAGGGUGGGCAACUCGAGCAACUCGACCCGAUACGGGUCAAAAAGUGCCUUACUCUAUUCUAGAUGUUUGUACCUUAAAAAUUCCAGACUUUUUGAUGAAGCAAAGAAACAAAUAGCGCGGCCGCGGAGAAAAGAAAAGCUGUGACUGAGUGCGCCCGACUCAGUGAUGCGCCUUAGCGCUGAUGCCUCUCACUCUCAACAGAAAGCUCACAAGAUAGAACAACAGGUAGCAGAGCGAAAGUACAUUCAGCAUACUGCGCAAGCAACAAGCAUAAAGACAAGCCUGCGGGUUUGGAAAUGCGUCAGGGUUCAUCGGUUGACUGUUGCAAGACGGAGGCUUGUGCAUCGGCGACCCGGAUAUAAGUCGCCCUUUUUGUUCGGGUCGGUUAUACAGUGACUUGAGUGCAGGUUUGCAGGCUUGCUUUUACUUAUUAUAUUUCGGACGCAUUGAGGGUCCAUCAAAUUGAGAAACUCACACGCUCAGAAGCUCAUAAACUUCGAAGGCCAUAAACUCAGAAGUUCAGAAGUCUAGAAGUUCCUAGGCUCCUAGGUUCAUGGGUUCAUGAGCCUAAGUGCCUGGGGUUCGGGUGCUUGGGGGUUCGGGUGUGUGAGGUUGAUAGUGUGGCGGAGUCGUUGUUACUUUUAUUUAUUUAGCGCUUUUUAUGGUGUUAAGGUGAGUUGCUUAAGUAGUUUAGCUAGUCUACCUCGUAUGAGCGUAUGGGCCCUUAACUACUCUGCUUCUCCAAUACGUUCCGGCGUGAAAACAAACAGGAGAGCACUGUAAACGCUUCCGGUUCGAGAUAUAUUUAGCUCUUGGUCUCGUGGUAUUAGCUAUCAUACUACUAGCAAGGCAUUGCUUGUCCUCAGUGUCAAUCAGUCAGGGAUCUAGUCCCUUCACAAUUUUUAUUAUCCACCCGCGUGAUCUCUGUGUGCCGCGCAGUAGCCGGGCACAUGACUCCGCGAGCUUUACGCUAGGCUGGUUCUGGGCGUGGCUCGCCCUUGCCGGUGGGGUGUUGCUGGUCUCCUCUCGCACUUGUUGCGAAUGCCGCCACACAUUCAUACUUCGAGCGACUUCUUUUCCUCUGUGGCGAUGGCUUUGCCACUAUGCUGCUUAGGCCUGCCGGUCUUUACUUUUACCUGGCGAAAAAUCAGGGUUCUCGAAACAAGACCGUGAGUGAAAUAACCUCCAACUGCGAACGGGCUUAAGGCUAGGCUGUGGCGUCUCCUCUUUUCGGUGUUCUUCUUUGGGGCGGGUUCUUGUACAAACCAAGCGCACGUGCUUGGCGUGUGUAGCUUGGGGCGGGUUAUUGUACAAACCAAACUACAGUCGGGCUAAUUGAGGGGUUGCGGCCUUUGUGGGGUUUAUAUGGUGUUAAGGUGAAUUGCUUAAGUAGGUUAGCUAGUCUAUCUCGUAUGAGCGUAUGGGCCCUUAACUACUCUGCUGCUGCAAUGCGUUCCCGUGACGGUGUAAAAACAAUCAGGAGAGCACUGUAGGCGUCUCCGGUUCGAGAUAUGUUUAGCUCUUGGCCUCGUGAUGUUAGCUGCCAUACUGGUAGCAAGGCUAUGCCUUGUCCCCAAUCAUUCAGAAAUCUAGUCCCUUCACAAUUAUUUAGCCCUUUAAUAUAUAGGCUUACAAUUUUCAGGGAUGAGGUGGAAAGAUGAAUAUUGAAUACCGUUAAGGCUAUCGAGGCUGGUGCGCAGGAGGAUCGUCGAAGGCUGAAUGAAAAAGUGGACCAAUUGGGCCUUUCAGUAAAAGCGCUACAGGAACAACUGCAGGAGUUGUCGACCAGGGUGGCUGCGGCUGCGGACCGCACGAGCGCGCAGGGCGCGCAGAGAGAUGACACCAGCAGACGGCUAGAGGAGUUGGAAGACGAGCUAAGAGAAGCACUACGAAAACUACCAGUAGAUGAUCUUCUUGAAGAUGAGCCGGCUAGUAAGAGGGUGGAAGGUCAUCCAGAUCCACAUCAGGAUCAGCAUCAGCUAGAAGUACGGGCCGCAUCGCAAGAGACGCAAGAUCAACUACGACAGAGGGGACAGCAGAGCAACGCCAACGUCGAUGUGAUACCAGAUUCUUCUUCUACUUCUCGAUCAGCGGAGAUCCACAUCAUCCCUUCGCCGAUGUCUAGCACGCCUUCAUUUAUCGGUUAUUCGACACUGAAAGGGCAAAUAAACGCUCAACCUCUGCAAAUAUACGUAGGGGUGGGACUAAGUGAGGUUCCACCUGCACGCGACUAUUUCAUCAAGUUCAAAGUGGAAGGUCAGAGCAGCGAACAAACAGUGUGGCCUUUGACGGAACAACUCGCGCUUCUCAAAGAUAAGGCGGUUUUGGAGAAAUUGUGCCGCCAUCAUUUCGUCGACGACGAACAAGGUACAACAAGCAAGAAAUUUGGCGUAGCCUCCAAGCAAGAGUUUGAGAAACAGAUUCAGAAAGGUGACGAGAGUAGUCCGGUUUUUCGCCACGUCAGAGUAUCAGCUUUCAGCGAAAGACUAAAUAACCACCCAGGCGCACUCUCGUAUGAUCAUGGCAUCGAUGACGAUGCGGUGAGGGAUCUCGCGCAUUUACUUGGAAGAACAUCUCUAGCUGUUGAGUUCGUAGUAGAGUGUCAAGCUGAGUCGUCCGCGACCUUGUCGUCUGGGUCCAAGACGUAUGAGCGCUACAGCUCGUUCUAUGUCAAAUUUCAGAGGAAGGAUCUUUAAAUUUUCUCUGGGACUUUCGUACGAUCGGAAGAUACCGAUUCAAUUUCGAUAUUAUAGAUUGUGAAACACCGUGUCCAAGUUCAAGGCGAUCAGUGCCAUUAGAACAGUGAUGAGCACGUUCGAAGAUCUUACAACUUUUCCAGUGUAACAUCUCUGUUCUGCUAUUUUUGAGACGAAAAGGC